CAAUCACCCACCAAAUAAACCGAAAUUCCCAGCCGGCACAUGUGCUCAUUCCUUUCACUUUUGCACUAAUUAAAAAAAGUCUGCCUCGUGGCAGUUUUCUACCAAUCCAGUCAAUGAAAUUCUCCCAUAUUUCCCAGUGUUUCGCCAAAUUUAGCCACUUGUCAGUCUUGUCCACUUUGUUGGUUAGAAAUUGUGUCACCGCUCGACCACUUUGCAUCAGUUCAGUUGUCUCGUCGAAAAAGUGGGGCAUUAACAAGAAGCACCGAAACGUAAAAUUGCAGUUGUAUUUUGACUCGAUGGCGGACCCCCAGAUGGAGGAAAUUUUGGCCCCCUUGAGGGCCAGUGUCAAGGAACAGGGCGAUUUGGUUCGCAAAUUGAAGGCGGAAGGGGCCCCCGUUUUGGACGUGAAAAAGGCCGUUACGGAGCUGAACGCUCGAAAAAAAAUCCUAGAGGAGAAAGAGCUGAGUUUGGCCCCACAAGUUGCCACUUUUGACAGGGCUAAAAUGGAGGAUUUGUUGAAAAGGCGGUUUUUUUACGACCAGUCGUUUGCGAUUUAUGGGGGAAUCACCGGUCAGUUUGAUUUUGGGCCAAUGGGGUGCGCGUUCAAGGCCAACUUACUGCAAGCCUGGAGACAGUUUUUCAUAUUGGAGGAGCAAAUGUUGGAGGUUGAUUGUUCAAUUCUCACUCCUGAGCCCGUUUUAAAAGCGUCCGGACAUGUUGACAGAUUUGCGGAUCUUAUGGUUAAAGACGUGGGGACUGGCGAGUGUUUUAGGUUGGAUCAUUUGAUAAAAGCCCAUUUGGAGAAAAUCUCAGCUGAUAAGAGGACCACAGAUGAUGUCAAGUCAGAUUGCCAGGACAUUGUUGUAAAGUUGGAUGGAAUGACGAAAGCGGAAAUGGCUGCUGUGAUGCAGAAAUACAACAUGAAGAGCCCUCUGACGGGGAAUGAUCUCACAGAACCCAUUGAGUUUAAUCUAAUGUUUGGAACGCAAAUCGGACCUUCGGGACUUAUCAAAGGGUUUUUGCGUCCAGAGACGGCACAAGGCAUUUUUGUUAACUUCAAACGACUUUUGGAGUUCAACCAAGGGCGUUUGCCCUUUGCUGCCGCUCAAAUCGGAAACGCUUUUCGCAACGAAAUUUCCCCCCGUUCUGGUUUGAUUCGCGUCCGUGAAUUUACAAUGGCCGAAAUCGAGCAUUUUUGCGACCCUGCUGAUAAAAAUCACCCGAAAUUUGAUAGCAUUCGGGACACUGAACUAUUAUUGUACUCCGCUUGUAACCAAAUGGACGGAAAACCGGCGGAAAAACUGACAAUUGGCUCAGCUGUGGAUAAGGGAUUGGUGGCUAACGCGACUUUGGGGUAUUUUAUCGCACGUAUCCACAAAUUUUUGGUUAAAUGUGGCGUUGAUGAGAAACGGUUGCGAUUUAGGCAGCAUAUGGCCAACGAAAUGGCCCAUUAUGCGCAAGAUUGCUGGGAUGCCGAGUGUCUCACAAGCUAUGGUUGGAUAGAGUGUGUGGGUUGUGCCGAUCGGUCUGCCUUUGAUUUAACACAACACACUCAAGCUACAGGAGUUCGAUUAGCGGCGGAAAAAAAAUUGGCUGAGCCGAAAAUUGUCGAUGUUGUUGAGGCGACCCCUAAUAAGGGGGUUUUAGGAAAAACUUUCAAGAAGGAUGCGAAAAUCAUCACGGAUGCGCUCACACAAUUACAAGUUUCGGAAGUUGAAGCUCUUGAAAAGGAUUUAGAGAGUAAUGGAUCACACGAAUUAACAAUUGAUGAUAAAAAGUUCACUCUGACGAAAGAAAUGGUAACUGUAAAACGUUACCAAAAGACGCUCCAUGUGGAAGAAAUCAUUCCUAGUGUUAUUGAACCAUCGUUUGGUGUGGGACGAAUAACGUACGCAAUCUUCGAACACAAUUUCAAAAUGCGUGAGAAUGACGAACAGCGGACUUAUCUUUCACUGCCCGCUUCAAUAGCACCGUUAAAGUGUAGUGUACUUCCCCUAAGCUCUAAUGCGGAAUUUGCACCGUUUGUUAAACAACUAUCUACUGCCCUAACAAAAGUCGACGUUUCACACAAAAUAGACGACAGUUCUGGUUCUAUAGGACGCAGAUAUGCCAGAACUGAUGAAAUCGCUAUACCAUAUGGUAUCACAAUUGACUUUGAUACACUCAAAGAACCACACAGUGUGACUUUGAGAGAGCGCGAUUCUAUGGCGCAAGUCAGAAUUCCGCUGGACGAUAUUGCGACAGUUUUGCACGAUUUGUCGUACAGUAAAAAAUCAUGGGCCGAUAUUGAGGGCAAAUACCCGAAGUUCGAGCAACAGGAAAGCAAAGGAGUUUGAGGGAAUUGUCCAGUUUUAAUUUAUUAUAAUUAUAAGCUUGAAUGAAAUUAAACACCUUGGUACCUACAAA